GCAGUGGGAAUUUUCCACGAAUUUAGACUCAUAAAUAAUGACUUGGCCUCUGAUAGCCGCCGCAAUUGGCGGGGGGCUCUUGGCGUUUAGAUACGUCAACAAAAAGUUCCCAAACCUCCUAAAGCAGAACGCUUCCAUGCUUCCGGGCCAAAAUGGCGGUCCUUUCAAACUGAGCAGGCAGAAUCUACAGGGAUUUGAGCAGAAAAUGACACUAAACGAGGCAUAUAGCAUUUUAAACAUAUCGAGUACAUCCUCCAAGGACAAGAUUCGAGAGUCGUACAAGCAACUCAUGAUGAGAAACCAUCCAGAUAAUGGAGGUUCGACGUAUUUGGCAUCAAAAGUCAACGAAGCCAAGGACUUUUUGGUUAAAUAGAUCGUACGGCAAUCUCACUGAGAGCUGCCAAGUUUUAACUUGUAAAUAUCGGAGGCGUCCUUGCUCUUUUUCUUUUUCUGGGACGCCAAUACUCUUUCAGGUCUAGGACCAGAAACCACAGUAGUGAAGCCUUCCUCAUCUGUAAUACUUUGUUCUCUGAGCCUUUUGUUGAGCUCCAUUUUAAGAUCGUAGUUUAGCA